CUCGCUUUCCCCAUGGGAGAUCUCUUUUUUUUUCUUCUUCUGUAACCAACUAUGUCGUCUGAACUAGACUUUGAAACGUAUCUCGGGAUGCGUACCAACGAUGACCAUCACAAUCACCGCAACAAUAGCACUAGUCCACUGUCCUUCACAUCACCACAGCUAUCACUGGGCUCGCUAGAUCAAUCCGCCUGUUCCGGUCCUGCCGUUUCUUCAUCUGAUUUCUCCUUAGAUGAUUUAGAACACAUGUUUGACUGGGGAGAUUUAUCACAGCAACAACAACAACAACAACAACAACAACAACAACAACAACAACAACAACAACAGCAAUUGCAGCAGCAGCAGCAACAGCAACGCCAACAACAGGGCUCGCCUGCAUCCAGUAGCGAUCCGAUCUUUCUAUCCGAUUUUUCCCCCUCGUCUUCCGGCACAUUGUCACCGCCUACCGACUUAUUACACCAUCAUCAACCCGAAGAACUCUCAUCUGCUGGACAGAGCAUUCAGGCCGAAGCACGCAAGGCAUUUGUCGGUGGUUUCUUUCCAGCAUUCAACGAAUCGCCAUGUUUUGUCGAGACUUAUUCCCUCGGGGGUCCGAUGCCGGGCAUCGCUAUCCCCGCCACUCCCGUGCCUGAAGGACCUACCACACUAUCUCCAUCCUCCUCCUCUGGAUCUUCAGCAACGCAUGCUUCAUGGCCAGUCUUAGACCAAUGGUAUCGUGCUGCUGCUCCUACCACCGCUACCGCCACUACUACCACAGCAACCGCACCACCACAUGAAACCACAUUGACAAACGACACACGACCGAUUAAAGACGAACCCAAGAACUGGCGCAAACGUACAAGCAGUAGCACUAAUGCCGACCUGAAUGAACACUUGUGGCGACUUGAGCCGAACCACCAGAUCAAAAAAGUCGCGCACAACGCCAUCGAGCGACGCUAUCGCAACAAUAUUAACGACCGCAUUCAAGAUCUCAAAAACGUCGUUCCCGCACUCUACCGAGCGAAAAUCAGAGAAAAGUCGGGUCAACACGACGACGACGAGAGCGACGAAGACAACGGCGAGCAAGAAGUAGUCGAUGGUGUCGAAGUCGCUAAGAAGCUCAACAAGGCCACAAUCUUACGAAAAGCCACCGAGUACAUCAUGUUCUUACGCCAAAACAACGAGCUAGCCGAUCGCGAAAACCAGAUUUUGCAGCAUAUCAUUUCACAGAUGCCCGGCGGCCAACAAGUCUUGGCCCAAUUCCUCUCGGAAAAGCGUCAGUUCCUGCAAGCUGAAGAAGAACGAGUGGCUCGUGAGCGAAAGGAAGCGCAUGCACUUGAACAGGUCCAGCGUCAGGAACUGUUACGCGAACGUGCAGCUCAGCGUGCAGCACUGGCUCAAUUGAUGCCCAAGCGUGAACGCCGACCUUAUCGCCGUCGAAAGAAACAGGAUACUGGCAGCACCAAGAAAUCUACAGCAGCAGCACAGUGUGCAGCGGCUUCCGACCAAGACAACAGCAGUCGCAUGUUCAUGGCCAUGUACAUGUGUGUUGCAUUUUUCUCUACUUCACCCUUUGGCAAUUCGGCGACAACUAGUCCUGCCAACUCGAUACCCCAUCACCAUGCUUCGCGUGUGGCAUUCCAAAACACAACCAUGUCAUCAAGUAAUCUGGAUAACAUGCCUUCGCCUUCUUCAACUUGGGAUGCUUGGUUCUGGAUCAAGAUGAUGCUUUACGUUGUCGGUAUCUUCUACUUUGUGGUCAUUCCAUUGAUUAACAAAGUGCUCCAGCCUCGCCCUGUCAUCAAGAACAACAAAUCAAGCGAUUGCCUCGGACACCAUCACUAUGCCACUGAAGUCUCGUCAUCAUGGCAUCAAUUAUACGAAGCCUUAAUUUCCCUGGUGCCUUCGCCAACUUUUGCUCAGCCUAGCCAGCUUCUGUAUGGUAUUGCGUCCGACUUGGUGGUGUUUGUCCCGUUCAGCCGUCCAUUUAUCAAGUUAUUCAGUGGAUCGCACGUUGGAUCUGUUGAGCUUGCCAAUGCAGGUGCCUGGGUCCGCCUGAGCGAGCUGCAAUGUCUUGGAGGUGAUUCUACCGUUUCUAAACUAGAACGCAUCCGAUCAUGUGCUGGCAUGCUUGCUUCUGUCCAUGCCAUGGAACGCGACUCGCGCCGUACCGUAUUGUUACGCCCACGCACGCUUGCACGUGUCUAUACCACUGCCGCUAUCCAAACCGAGCUCAUCUUUGGCCGAAACAACAAACUAUCCCGUUCCUACUGGAACCGCGCUCUCGAGAAAAGCGAAGACCUCCAAAAAGAAUGGCUUGAAACCAACAGCUGUCAGCAGCUCAUGGCCAUGAUGGCCGCUCGCACUGGUCAGAACGACGAAUGCACAUCGAUGUUUCACUCGUUUGUUCUGCCAUACCUUACUGCUCCUUUGGACUGGGUCGUCUACUGGCAAUCAUUGCAGCAACUCCAGCGUAUCUAUGUACAGCUUAUUGAGCGUACGGUCAUGAAUAGCGACGACGCCGAAAAGGAAGCACUGUUUGACGCAUCGCAGCUGCCCGAAUCUAAUGAAUCGCCGAUCGACCAUAUGAUUUCUUGGUGGACUCAUCUGGGCAUGGCGCUUGAGUCCAACGAUGACGACUUUGGUCACCUUGAGCUCGAAUUGGACGGCUCUAUGCUAUUGAAACGCCAUUGCCGAUCAUUGAUGCAUCUUGUCAAGGCCAUUGCAGCUUCUGAUAAGGACAAGGAAACGCUUACGGUUCAGCUCGAACAAGCACUUGUGGAUCCCUUGGCUUCCAUUGAUGCCAUCCGUUAUAUUGCCAACUAUGAAACCAACGACGAAGCUGUCUUGUUAUCCUUAUCAGCACUUGCAGCUCACUUGACCGCAUAUCACACCCUAUCUUCCAACAACAACAUGUCGAACGAUCUAUCAAAGCACCUUGAACAAUUACAAGAACAUGUGCGUGUCGAUUUGGAAUUGUUGGAAAAAUCCAAACUGAUAUCAGAGUCAUGUCGAAAACAAAUCCGCGUCAAAUACAUCUCAUAGAAGGCCAAAGAGCACUUUUACAUAUACAUUUCCUCUCUUCUUUAUCCCUCACACCCGAAUAUAGAACCCCAUCGUCCUCCCCUUUUUUCACUACUACCUAAACUCCUGUAUAUUCAUACUACACCACAUUCAUAUCUUCCUCAUUUUCUUUCUAUCGUUAUAUAUAUUUGUAUUUCUAUUCAUAUACUUUUUUUUUCACAUCGCUUUGUUCAACUCAACAGCAAUAUACCAACUUUUAUACAAUCACAUUUGCUUACAAGUCAUUCAUUGGUG